GCUCCCACGCCUGGUUAGCUUCCCAUGCUCAAAUCCCGUAGCCAUGUUUGUCCCGAUUUCCCGUCUUCUGUGAUCACUUCUCUCGUUCAACACUACACGGAACACCUGCAUCGCUCGUUGACUGUUCGAUAAGCACAACCUUGGAGUCGCUCGAGGUCGUCCUGAUCGUCGUCUUCGUCAUCGUCCUGGUUGUUUCCGCUCUCGUUAUCUAAGGAAGGAGCAGCUGGACCUUUUUCUUUCUUUCUGCUGCAUCCCGCCACCCUCGUUAUCCUCGUCGCUCGCUUAAACACCUCCACCCUUUGGCCAUUGACUGAUUUCUCGAUACGUGCUCGGAAGAUAAGAACCACAGCUAUGAGACUCUCAACUCUCGUUACGGCUUGUGCUGGCGUUGGCCUCGCUCAUGCUGCGUUGCCUCAACUGCACAUCAAGGGCUCCAAGUUCUUCGACGCCAACGGCAACCAAUUCUACAUCAAGGGCGUGGCAUAUCAGUUGCAGCCCGAGGAUCCUCUCAUCGACACAGCCCAAUGCCAGCGAGACGCAAGCUUGAUGAAGGAGCUGGGUGCCAAUACCAUUCGUGUAUACCAUGUUGAUCCAAACGGCGACCAUGACGGCUGCAUGAGCGCCUUCGAAGACGCUGGCAUCUACGUUUUCCUUGACCUCGAUACGUUCGACACGCAGAUUGAGCAGUUAGAUCCCCAUUGGAACCAGACACAGCUCGACGCCUUUUCCAAGGUCCUCGAUGCCUUUCACGGCUACGACAAUCUCGCCGGUGUGUUUGUAGGCAAUGAAGUCUUGACAACAGGAGAAGGCUCCGCUGCUGCUCCAUAUGUCAAAGCCGCCGCACGCGAUAUCAAGGCCUACAGGGACUCCAAAAAUUACCGCGCAAUUCCCGUCGGCUAUUCAGCUGCUGACAUCGCCUCUCUGCGUCCGAUGUUGCAAAAUUAUUUGGCAUGUGGCUCCAACGCCUCUGAGACCAUUGACUACUACGCACUGAAUGCGUAUGAAUGGUGUGGCGACUCGUCCUACACCGUGUCUGGAUAUUCACAGCUUACCCAAAACGUUACCGACUACGACAUUCCCAUUUUCUUCUCUGAGACAGGGUGCAACACGGUCCCACCGCGCACUUUUACCGAUCAAGCGGCAAUUUUUGGCAGCGAAAUGAAUCCGUACUGGUCAGGCGCCAUCAUCUACGAAUGGAUCGAGGAGCAGAACAAUUAUGGACUCGUUUCAUAUGGGCCACGGACCGAUCCCACGGCUUCCGGCGCGCCUCCAGAUGGCUUCACGCGGUCUGGAACGCCUCUGCCGGUCACUCCUGACUUCCAGAACCUGCAGAACCAGUGGAAAACUCUGACUCCGACCGGUGUUAAAGAGAGCGAUUAUUCGCCUUCUCUCACGCCGCCUCCGUGCCCCAGCUACACAAGCGGCGUAUGGGAGGUCAACGGGAAUGUGCCACCCCCCAGCGUCGGACAGAUUCUCGAUCGUUCUUCCAUCACCGCCGGAUUCACAACCACGUCCGCUUCCGCAUCCACGACAACCUCGAGGGGAAGUGGAAAUCCCGAGAGAGAGAUUAAGGCAGGUGCGGUAGGCUUGGGCCUUGCACUGGCUGGAGCAGUGGCAUGGCUCUAAGAUGUUCUCAGGACAUGAUCUGUGGGACGCCCGUACAUAAUUUCAGUAUACCCCGUUUUAGCACAUGAGCAAUGAGUAUUGAUGCAUCUUCUCACGCCCCGAUCCGUCGUGUGGCGGGACUUUUCCGUAGGCCAUUAGUUGAAGCUGAAAUGGAACUCGAGG